UGAAGGUAACACGUCGUCAUAUCCUUCCGCGGGAAAAUUCAGUAAAUCCGAUGUGACAACUUUCUUGUAUGGAUUAUUAACAGAAGUUGAAGAAUAUUACUGGUUUAGCAUAUCAACGUUCGUCUGUGGAUGGUGUUUGUACAACCAACGGGACAAAAUGUGCUCGCUGCUGCCGCAGUCAAAGAAGAAAGGACUGAGUUUGGAGGAGAAGAGAACUCGCAUGAUGGAAAUCUUCUUUGAAUCAAAAGAUGUGUUCCAGCUGAAAGACAUUGAGAAGAUUGCCCCCAAGACAAAGGGCAUAGCCCCCAUGACUGUGAAGGAUGUCCUGCAGAGCCUGGUGGAUGACAACAUGGUGGACUGUGAAAAAGUGGGCACAUCCAACUACUACUGGGCCUUCCCCAGCAAGGCCUUAAACACUCGCAAGCACAAACUGGAGGAGCUGCAGAGACAGGUUUCUGACGCAAAACAGCGAAAAGUGAAUUUAGAAAAAGUGGUUGAAAAGGCGAAAGUAGGACGCCAAGACACGAAGGAGAGAAGCUCCCUGUUGAAGGAGCUGCAGGCUCUGAGAGAAGAGCGAACUCAGCUGCAGGCCGACUUGGAGAAGUACAGAGAGUGUGACCCAGAGGUUGUUGAGGAGAUGAGAAAGUCCAACGUCGUCGCUAAAGAAGCUGUUUCCAGGUGGACAGAUAAUGUUUUUGCCAUUAAGUCUUGGACAAAGAAGAAAUUUGCCUUUGAUGACAGCCACAUUAAUAAAGCCUUUGGGAUCCCCGAAGACUUUGACUACAUGGACUAAUUGCUUUUCUGCUGUUGCUCAUGGACGCAGUAAACAAAAUAUAAAAGAGCUUUAGUUUGAAGUGUUUGUACCUGGUCUCUGCAUUUCUAGUUUCAGGCAUUAAAAUAUAUAUAUAUAAAAAAGCCCUGGGAGCUAAGAUGGAUAUCUGUGAUUUUGCUGCACCAGAUGGAUUUAAACAGCAGAUAUGUUUCUUUGGUGCAACCAGAGAAGAGACUGAACUGGCCAUUAGUGGCUGUGAGGGGUGAGAGGUUUCUGUGAUGAACAGAACACAGCAGCUGGACUUUUGGGACACCUGUUUGUGUGAAAACUAAGAACUCCAUGUCGAUGAUGGAAAAGAAUCAACACUUAAACCUGUAUGUUAUGCCAGAGAUCUAAUUUAUAUGGUUUAAGCAGAUGGCUUAGUAUCAUAUGCUGGUGCACCUUUUCCUUUUCAUUUUUUUGUAUUUCCUAAUAGGGGCAAAAGGAAAACCUAAAUGUAAACAAACGCUAGUUCUAUUGAUUUAUAAAAAAGUUAUGUGGGAUAAUUACAGAGGAUGUGUUCUGUCUGAAAGUGCUGCAAAUUCAUUUCCCUUUUUUUGUAGAAUGACUUGUUUCUAAUAAAACAGCCCCUUUUUCAAA